AAACAGAGAAUUCUCCAAUCCCCAAUGCCUAAUGAACACCCUGCUUAUAUAAAAGGGGUCUCAAAAUCCCAUGCCCCUGGCCCUUGGUGAUAGCCCCGGGGGGUGGGGGGGGAGGAGGAGAGAAAGACAAAAGAGGCUGUCUCUGUCUGUUAAUUUCCAUGGGACCAUACUUGCACACUUGUUAUUGGUAUCACAAAGUCAAACCCCGCUAAACAGAUACCCUCUUAAUACAGACACCCCAUUAUUAAAGACAGUUCGCUUUGCCCCUGUGGAAAGAAACCCUAAUUACAAUUUCUCUAAAUAGGGACACCCUGUUAAUAUGGACACUUUCUACCUCCCCUUCAGUGUCCGUAUUAACAAAGUUUUACUGUAUUUAUGUAGACCUUUAUCUAAUUUAACUUUUAGGGGUUGAAGAGCUCCAGCCCUAUGAAAGUUGAGAUAAACCGGAGGGUUUUAAAAAGUGGUACUCCUAAGGUGAUUAUUAGUUUUACAUAAUUUGAUUUAAAUACUGUUGCAUUCAGCAUGCCCCAUUAAAUACUGGGGCGAAUAUGGUUGGUAUUUGACCAAUUUCUUAAGUGUUAGCCAUUAUUAAUGGCAAAGCUCUUUUAACUAAAAGCAUAUAUCAAGAUUUUUUUAAAUCGAAAUUGCUAUAUUCAUGUAAAGUUUUAAAACUGUUUCUGUUUAGCCUUCUUCUCUUUAGUAGAAGAAGAAAUAUGUGGUGAUAAACCUUCCACUUUUUCAUCUCUGGUUUUGUUUGUAAUAUUUGUUUGUUUUAAUGACAGCGUGGUGGUAAUAUGAUCGUGUCAAGAGAUCAUAAGAGGAUGGGAAGAAGUUUUGAUGAAGAUGAUGACAAUGAUGAUGAAGAUGAUGUUGAAGAACUAGAAAGGAAGAUAAAGUACAGUAUCCCAGUUGUUUACUUAAUUUAUUUUUGUAUGUAGGUUGUAAUUAAUUGUUAGUAAUAAAGUUUUUUUAAAAAUAAUAUGUUUUGUGGGGGCUACACAAAUAGGUGUAUAGAAUGGUAAAUUCUAGACUUUGUAAGACUGUGAAACCUCCAAACCUGAGCCUUAAACUCCAAGCCCAAAACUGUGAUUGCUGAAAAUUUUGAGAUAAAUUUGGUUCAACGAAAAGCCAAAUAAAAUGACUGAAAGUGCAAAUGGAAGGUAGUGGAAACCCACCAAUGCACUGCUUUGUCGUUUUUUACUGUCUUAAGUUAAUCUAGUAGCUUAGUUUGAUAAGCUAAGUACCUAUGAACACUGAAAAAUUUGACUCCUAAAGACCAAACGGAAACAAAAAAACAACAAAUCUGAGACUCUGAGAACCAUUGACUAAAAAAAAAUAAUGAGCCUCCAAAACCCCCAAAUCACCUGAAAACAAGACUUUGACACCCAUCAAAAAUGUUUCCGACAUUUCAAGAUCGGGCCAAAAAUUUCUGGGACACGUUUUUCUUGGUACCAUUCUGUACCCUUACAAAGAGAUGUGCCACUCUGUCCUCCAGCCCCAUUUCAGAAUAGAGUUUUCAUUCAUACAAUAAAGACAUCGCUAAGUCUUAUUCUAUGUAAAUGGGAUGAUUGAAUUCUAAUACACUCCUCCCUGAUGAAUCUUUCUAAAAUGUCUUCACUUUGUGGUGUGUCCAGCUAUGCAUUUUAAUGUUUUGAUGUAUUUUUGUAGGUCAGCUGAUCUACCAGAGCAUGCUUUUAAAGUGGCCAUGAAAGAGCUUAAGGUAGGUAAUUUACUGGAAUAGGCCUUUUUCAAAAAAUACCAUAAUACUCUUUGUUGUCCCUCCACAAUUUUGCAUAAGCAUUGUUGUCAGUUUCUCUUGGGGGUGAUUGUAAGUCCCAAAAGAAAUUGAAAACAAUGCGACAAGAGGAGCCUGCAAUCCUAAUCUCCAGGUUAUUAUUACGCUGUGUCGCAUGUAGGUAGCAAUCAUUUAUUUGGACUUCCAUUAAGAAUGAAUGGAAUGCACAGAACACAAUUUCAUCAUGCAUGUUUGGACCCUCUAUCACUCGUAAUCUAAUCAGGUGUGUGCUGAAUAUCUACCUGUAGAACUAACGAAAAGCACAGCAAUGGAGCAAAAGCAUUUUGACCUUCGAUCAUUGUCGCCCGCACUCAUUAGUAUUCCUACCCCCACAUGGACUUUCUUCAAACCAUUUGUCAUUGUCCAAAUGUGGUCAUGACUGCCAGCUCAUUUUAAAGAGGGGAAGUAAACUAAAGGGAGUGAAACAAUAUUUAGAAUGAAUUAUGAGAUUAUCAUGAAAUUUUUAUUAUUAUUAUUAGUAAACAAAUGAAUGCACUAGAACCUAAAAAAGUGGCCAUUGUGGAGAGAUGACUAUUAGGGUUUACUACUUAACUGCCAUCCUUGAAUACUGAUCAGUACUUUUUCAUCAUUUUAGAGAUUGAAAAAGAUGCCACCACAGUUCCCUGAACAUGCCACAUCAAGGUAAAAAUAACAAGUUGGUCUGAGGUUGCAUUUUAAAGAGGUAGUCCCAAUGACUUGGACUUCUCUAGAGCCAUGUCUGUUCCUUUACCUCAUCUGGUAAACAUUUCGUGGUUGACAAGCAUGUCAUCUGUUGAUGUACGUUGAAAUGGUGGGAACUUUCCAAAACUGAAACCCUGAUUACCAAAAUAAAUAUCUCAGGUCCAGGCUAGAGAAUGAUUGCCAAAGCCUUGUGAAUCAUCAGGAUAGCAAAAAAGGGGAAAUUUUACUGUAAAUGUACUGUAUAACUUAAUUUUAUUUGUUGAGUAUGAAAUUCAUUUUGAUUGUUUUCUUUCUAAGGAAUUACUUGGAAUGGAUGAUUGACCUUCCAUGGAGCAAAGAAACCAAAGACAAGUUAGAUAUCCCUCAGGCAAGGUGAGGAACCAAGUAGCUGUAGAUAUCAAUUUUCUGAAGUAUCAGUAUGAACUUCUUUGCCAUUUUGGAGGCAAAGAAAGCAUUCCAGGGGUACUGUAUGUUUCUUUUUUCAGAGAGGGAUCGAGUCACCCUUACCCAAAUAUACUGUACAUCUACAUAUUUAUCUUUAGGGAGCUACAGUAUAUUGAAGAAAUUAAAAAAGUAAUAAAUUAUUUUCAUUAAUUUUAUUGCGAUUUUUUUAAGGCUUGAUCUUGAUCAAGAUCACUAUGGUCUAGAAAAGUUGAAGAAGAGGGUAAUCGAGUAUCUUGCUGUCCGCAAAUUAAAAAACAGUUUAAAAGGUAAAAUUCAACCGUAGUAACUUUUAUUGUUUGCAGUUAGUAAAGUUGCAGUAAGUUUCAUUUUCUUUUAAGUCUUCACAUUGAAGGCAGAACAUGCUGUACGUCCAUUUUUGCUUUAUAGUUAACCAGUUAUGACACACAGUCAGACAGUUUAGUAAGAUUUUUACUGAUAGAGCAAGCCAGCCAGUCUUUUAGUCUUUAUUUUAUUUUUAUUGGGUAAGUUAACAAGCUUCUCAUUUAGUGGUACAUCUCCUAUUGCAUUACAGGACCAAUUCUGUGCUUUGUUGGCCCUCCUGGAGUUGGUAAGACGAGUGUUGGAAGGUCUAUUGCGAACACACUCGGCCGGGAAUUUCAAAGGUACUGGACAAAUUCCCAUAACUGUGUUUGUAAUCUCUCCUUCCUUGUUAGCUUGUUGUUAAGAAUUUUCUAUUAUUUUAUUUCUCUUUCAGGAUAUCACUCGGUGGAAUUUGCGACCAGUCGGACAUCAGAGGACACAGGUGGGUGAUGAUGUUUACUUACCAUGUUGAACGCAUCCUAUAUUAAUAUCACAAACUGCUCCUUGGAGUUAAAUCCUUUUUGUUCAUGGUUGACAAAAAUAUCAUAUUUUAUUAUCAAAACCCGGUAAUUCAGCCAUGACUCUAUCAAUAUUAUUAUCAUCUGGAAGCGAUAAAAUGAAAAGACUUUUCACUGACCAUGGACAAGAGAUAAAUCAUUUGUCAUGUUUUUUUUAAAAUUUCUUUUUCAUCAUUAAUUUUUGUUGUUUGUAAAAUGCUUUUGCCACCAAUUGAAAGUCAUUGCUAUUUUACAAGUGUGGCUGACGAUUUGAACUCAGGACUACCAUGAACAAAUCCAGCUUGCGAUCAGGGCAGGACUUGAACAAGGGGCCUCCGGAUUACAAGUCCGGCGUUCUAACCACUCAGCCAUACUGGCUCCAUUCAAGGAGUGCGUCUGGAGUCUGAAUGGUAGUCUCCGUCGCAGCCAUUUUUUGUGUCGUUACGCAAUGCUCCUCCAGGUUUGUGUGGAGGAGCAUUGCGUGACCACACAUAAAAACAGCUGCGAGAGAGACUAUCUGAAUAUGGGUACGUGGGUAGCUGCUCAUUGUUGUGACCUUUUUAGCAUACUCUCUCUUCCCCUUCCUUCUUUUGGUUUCUAAUUUCUUUAAAUUCAGGUGACUGUUGUUGGUGUCUUGUUAUAGGCGCACUUACAUAGGAUCCAUGCCAGGAAGAAUUUUGAAUGCAUUGAAAACAGUUGGCGUCAAGAACCCAGUUAUCUUGUUGGAUGAAGUGGACAAGAUGGUGAGAUGGCUUUNUGUUGUUGGUGUCUUGUUAUAGGCGCACUUACAUAGGAUCCAUGCCAGGAAGAAUUUUGAAUGCAUUGAAAACAGUUGGCGUCAAGAACCCAGUUAUCUUGUUGGAUGAAGUGGACAAGAUGGUGAGAUGGCUUUGCAGUUUGUGGCAGAAUUAAGCCUAAAAAAGGGACCUUGCAUACAUGUAAUAUUGAACAAUCUAGAAAGUAACAAUAAAUGCUUUAAUUGUGCAAUUUAAUACUACAAAGUGUGACAUGUUGAGAAUGGUUUUGUUUUAUAUUUGUAGGGUAAAAGCCUUCAUGGCGACCCAGCUGCUGCUUUGUUGGAAGUCUUAGAUCCUGAGCAGAACUGGACAUUUGUAGACCAGUAUCCUAUCUUAUCUUUUACACUGUAUUUGUUUGCCUAAUACUUGCUAAACUUCAGAAUACCCAGCCACUUAUGGCAUCUUCUUGAAUAGCAAACGUUUCCCUUGUGUUAUGUUUCAUUCUUUAUAGUGUUCCAACAAGUGGCUGGAUAUUAUGAAGUUGCUCUGACUCCCUAAUACUUUUUCAAAGUGUCAGUUUUCUUAUUAAAAUUUAUUUUGGGUACAUCACUUUUUUUUAACCCAAAUUACUUUGAUUCCAUCCGAUUGAUUCUCGUCUCCUAUUUAACUGAUUAACCCAUCUUCUGAUUGGUCUGUCCCAAUUUUAUUGUUAAUAAGAAGUCGAGGUUCUAUAAUAGUUUGAUUACAAACUUAUCAUGUUUUAUAAGCAGUUUCCUUAACUUACAUCUAGCUAUCUGAACAUUCCAUUUGAUCUUUCACAAGUGAGUACUUCAAACUUGUGUUCACUUUACGCUUCAGACUGAAUAGAUGUAGUUAUACACGUCCUAUUUUGUCUGCAGGUUCUGUUCAUAGCCACUGCCAAUACAGUCAGCACAAUUCCUCCUGCCCUGUUGGAUCGAAUGGAGGUAAGUAGUCCAGGGAAUACCAUUACUCGCAGAAAGUGAGAUAGUCUCAGUUCUGAGAAUUCCUUCCCUCGUACACGGAGAUCUAGAUGUUGUUUGAGGGGUUGUUAAGCAGUCUUGGGGCUCUUCCUCUUUCUAAAAGCGAGAGAGAUUUUUUGGGGGGUUACAAAGGCUGCCUAUACCCUUCUUACAGGGCGAGAGAGAUAAUGUUCAAAAUUGAUUUCAUUUCAUUUGAUGCUUUUUUUUUCAGUUAAUCAUGGUUCCAGGGUACACCCAGGAAGAAAAGAUCGCCAUUUCAAAACGACAUCUUCUACCCAAACAGUUGAAGGUUUGUCAUACACUCUCUGGAAAUUAUUUAACUUGCUUCUUUUUUACCGACUUACUGUUGAAGAGAGUCUAGCAUCGUAUUUGUAAAAUCAAAUAUGACAAAAAAUGUUGGCAAGAGGAUAUUUCGAAGAAGUUGAUGAUUGUUUAUAUUUUUCAGCUUCCCUUCGUAGUUUAUGAUAAUUAUAAAUUAUUUUGCAGUCGGCGAGAAAAGCUUUUCUGGUUUAUUUUGCAGGAACACGGACUCACUGAUCAAGACAUUGAGGUUCCCCACAGUUCACUCAAGGCGAUAAGUAUGUGUACCUUUAAUAAUGAACCAGAAAGUAAAUCCAGUAGCGUCUUUCUAAGAGGGAUACCUUUAGAAAAGUGUUCAUCUCACAAAGAGUCAAACAAAAUGUCUGAAGAACGAGAGGGAAUAACUCCCAGGUUUCCGUUUCAGGGGAGGAUGUAUGUCAGGGUCCGAAAUUAACUUUUUAAUAUGGGCGCCAACUGGUGAGCAAGUAUAAAUUUUUGGUCGCCAGGGGCAAAUUAUGGUCGCCAAAAAUUCCUCUUGGCGGCUUGGAAACGUUCAACUCGUAUUGAUCGUAGCUGUUGUCGAGGUAUAUUUACAGGAAGAUUCGUUUCACUUUUAAAUUAAAAAAAUAUCCGCAGGACGAAUAGUAAGACACCUGUUGGCAAAUAGCUUCGAGGUUUCAAUUCUUAAUCAUUUUCUCCGAACGUGAAAGUCUACAGUGACAACCAGCUUUACGAGGUCGCCAGCUGGCGACCAACUAUGAAAUUCUGGUCGCCAGAACUGAAUUUUUGGUCGCAUUGGCGACCAGGAAGGCGCAAUUUCGGACCCUGAAUUAUUAUGUGUUAUAAGGGUUUGCCGGUCGCCUUGCAUCACACCUUCCCCGGCAAAAAGCGCCAGCUGGGCAGGCUAAGGAUUCUGCAAUCUUUUGAGAGGCGCAGAAUGGUAUGCAGUUACGAAAUCACACUUACACAAGAACUAAAUGAAUGCUUUGCCCUGAAAACGCGGCAAUGUUGUUGUUAACUUCACCUCAGCGCCAUGUUUUCGUAGUGAAUUCGAUUCCUUUUUUAGGCACCUCUUAUAUGGAAAAACCUGCCCCUGGUAAAAGGGUAGCCCUCCCAGCCGAGUCAACUUUAGCAAGCCUUCAUACUGAUGAGAAAAAAAAGUCGACCCCUUUGCCUGAGCCAACAGCGCUCGUGCAUGCUCUGAUACGCGACAGGACAGUAGGAAAAAGAGGACGGCAAAACGUUUGUGCGUGACAAACGUGACAGGGCUAUUACUUGCGUGUUUCGUCAUGAUCUUCACCUAACAUUAAUGUUUUCUGGUCUUUACGAAAAGAUCUGUAGGGUGAAGUUUGGCGGAAAGUUAUUUAGAGCUUGGAUAGAGUCCUUGAAAAUUAUGAUAAAUUCUAGGAAAAUUAGCCUUGACCGAGUUGAACCAAAGUGUUUCUAUGGAGAAAAGUUGGCCCGACUAGAAGGGCGACCCUAUCAUCAGAAAAGCCGAGCCAACCUUUUCUUUCCUUUCAUGUAAACGGUUCGCGACCUUUUGUUCGGAAAUGAAUGACAAGUUGGCUCGCUCAGGGUUGCUCGAGUAGGCGGUUGACCCUUCUACCGGGGACAACUUUCCUCCAUAUAAACGGGGCGUUAUUUUGAUUUUGGUUUUUAUACCCGAGAAUCCAUAAUCUCUCUUUAGCAUCAGAUUCCCCAUCAUUUGUUAAUCCGCAUUUUUUUAUUUUGUUGGAAGAAAGAAAACUCUAUAAACUAAGCAAAAAAAACUAAAAAUGUUUUUUUUCCUUGCAGUUUCUAAUUACACUCGUGAGGCUGGGGUACGAUCACUUGAACGGAAGAUUGGUGGCGUGUGCAGAGCAGUCGCCGUGCGGGUAGGGACAUGUUUUUGGUUUUAACUUUAUAUGCCAUUACUUUACUUGCGUUGUUUCCAAAGGGAAAACAGGACUACCUCUUCAAAGUACAUAUACCCCUAUUGUUCCCGGGUAAAAUGUGUGUUACAUGUACAUUUCCAUCCCAACUGGAAUUUCUUUGUAAAUGGAAAGCUCCCUAGCUGUGGAAUACCGAAGCAGCCAUUAAUGAUUCAAAUCUCGUUAUUUUGUGCUGCCAGGGUGAAAAUAGCCACCAACUUGCCGUAUUCGUGUUUAUUUCUUCACUGAUUUCUUAAAUGUAGGUCGCUGAAGCCGCAAGGAGUGCAUCAGAGAAAACUAAAGACAGCGGUAAAGAGGAAUCUAAAGAACAAGAGGGUGCAAGCUCCAACACUACAGCUGUUACUGUUGCUGACAAAAGGGCGUUUUUGGUUACCGAAAAGUUUUUAACUGAUGUGCUAGGGGUGAGGUUCUCAUUUGCCGUUGUGUUAAUUUUGUUCCUUGCUGCUGGAAUCAUUCUUUUCUCACUCAAGUUUUUGUCGGCAUAUAUAUAAGCAGCUGGAUACUUUUGGCAACUGCGGAGCUGAAAGACUGCUGCUCAUUAGCUUCCUUUGGAAACAAAUUCAAACAAAUGGAAAUUUUUAAUCUGCAAUUUGCAAUGAAAAAUCUUUGGCAAAUAGUUAGUUACUCUUCAACUUUAAAUCUAUGAAAAAAAUUUUUUUUUUCUCUGGGGGUCACGUGUAGAUUAUCGAAAGAUAUUAAGUGCUUUCCUCGAUCAAUAGCUCUUCUUUGUGUUAUUGUUAUCUAAUGAUAUAAAUACUUUCCAGCCUCCUGCGUUUGAAUCUGAGGUGGCUCAAAGACUUUCUACCCCUGGGGUUGCUGUCGGUGAGUGUUGGGAUUUUUUUUAUCUUUUAUGCUCAUCGGUCUCUUACAUGUACUCGUAAAUUCUUGACGCCCUGAAAAUAUGCGUGUACCGCUCCUCGCGGCUCAGGGAUAAGUCUGUGAAGUAACUUGAAAGCAAUUCAUUUUAAGAAACGCAAGAUAAACGUAGGGCUUUCAUUUGAAUCAUCAGAGACUCAAAAACUAGGGCUUUAUUUCACGAUGACGUCAAUUUCCUUCUGUAACCAGAAUUCUUUCCUUGUUUACUUUGGGUCUCAGAUUUAGCAAUCCUUGGUAGUUGUAAUCAAACGUCAUGAUCGUGGGUAUAAAAGAUCUCAAACGACAACUCUUUUUAAGAGUAAUAAAAAAAGCCAAUAGCACUGGUGACUUAAUUUACAUGCAUUGUUCAGCACCUGCGCCACCUACGAUGGCUGUCAAGGAACUAGACUUGCAAACCAUUUAAAAACCUUACCUAGUUUAAGAACCGAUAUCAUUUCUUUUGAUAUUCUAGUCAACUGGUUCCCAAGUUUAUCCCUUACACAAUUCCGUCUUUUGUCAUUGUGGUUUUUAACCGUGUGUUUUCUUUUUUUGUUCGCAUGUCUCCUCAGGUUUAGCGUGGACGGCCAUGGGCGGAGAAAUCAUGUUUGUUGAAGCCACGCGGAUGGGAGGGGAAGGAAAAUUGACCUUAACAGGACAGCUUGGUAUGUGUCUCAGAUAUAUUUAUUUAAGACUUUUCCUCAAAGUACUACUAGAGAACUACACAAAGGAACUUGUCUCAAAGAUUUAAAGGCUCUGCUCUUAAAUUUGUCCACUUUAUUAGCCUGUUCAAAGACCCUCUAUUUUCUCUUCAGAGUCCGUCGAGCGAGGGUGAUAAAAUAUAAACCGCAUGGGAUUUAUUGACCGCCAGCGCAAGGGUGUAGGGGUGGGGGAAGAAGAAAAUAGACGAUUUUUAUUUCUCGCGCUCCACGCUCAUUCGCGCACGCUCGCUUCGCUCGCCGAUGUUUUCGAAAAGAACGAGAAGAAAAAUAAAACAACGUCUCUGUACAGGCUAACCUUUGUAGACCUCAUGAUCAGCACGGUAAAGGUUACUAGGUUUACAAGAAGGAGUAAGAUAUAUACUCCAAAAUACUUUGCUGAAGACUUUUUUGUAUGAGCAUAAUGUUUGCUUUAAUCUUCAGGGGAUGUCAUGAAGGAAUCUGCACAGUUGGCGCUAAGCUGGCUUAGGAGUCGUUCUGUUGAGGUGUGUAUUUUCACCUUAUUUAGUAAUCAAAAUUUGUAGUUAUUCUCAGAUUAGUAUCAUGAUGCUUUUAUCAAAGCAAAUAAAGACUGAAUUGCACCAAAAUCUGAUGAGCUGUUUCAAAUACCAUCAAAUCAGCUUCAAGCUAUGGUUACGGCACUCUUAGCCCGAGAGAACGGUUUGACUUCCAAUUGGCUGAAAAAGUUGCCGCCGUUUUCAAACCAACAGCAGCGCUUAGGAAUGCCCUACCAAAGCGAGUACGAACCACUUCAUCUUUAACACCUGUGUUAACAAUUCCAUUGGCGGAUGUAGACCAUGGCACCCAUCUUAUUCUUAGGCCAGUCUAGAGCACGUAGGGCUGAGAAAAAUUCAGUAUUUUCGAGGCUGGGCCCCCUUCUUUUCUUAGGCUCUGGAUGAGCGAACCCCCGCUAACUUGAACAUUUGAAUCCAUCCCUGAUUUUCUCACUUAUUCUGGUGUUGCGAUGAUUUUGUAAGCAACUGUGGAAAUGAAAACAAUGUAACAGUUACCACUUAUAGAUAUUUCCGGCAACAACAAUUUGUCAUCUGACCCCAUCGAAUUUACAGGUACUAAGCUAAUUCAAUGCUUGUUCGUCUACCUUUUUUGCCGUUAUAUAGUUUUUCCUGACGUCAGAGGACGGUAUUGACCUUCUAGAACGUACAGAUGUUCAUAUCCACUUCCCAGCAGGCGCUGUGGGUAAAGACGGCCCUUCUGCUGGUGUUACCAUUGUAACUGUACUUGUUUCACUAUUCAGGUAAGUUUUCCAGGGACAAUGCGAUCUACUUUCGCUCAAUUUGCUUUGUUUCUUCGUUUCCAUGCCUUCCACUGUGUGAGUAAGUAUUCAUUCCACACAUCAUUUUGUGGGCGUGGUGUUGUCAUAUACUUGGUGCUAGGCAGUGGCUCGAUUUCCGUGGUGAUCUUCUGGUGCUGAGAAGGUUGCUGCCCUCCUCGGUAUAUCCCCUCCAAUACCAUUGACUAAGUGUUUUAACAAGUUUUUCCAUUUAGGCGUAAUAUGGUCAUAAUUAUCAAACUACAGCAAUAGGGAGGUUAAUUUUUUAAGUGCGACGUACGUCAGCUGGAAGAGGACUUAUUGCCUUUUUGUUUUGCUCAAAUUUUCGGGCAGUUCGUCUUUAUAAGAGUACGCGUGCUUAUAGGUAUGUUAAAUGUGGCGAUGAUAGUUUUUUGUUGUCUCCCCAGUGGCCGAUGCACCCGUUCUGACACAGCAAUGACAGGUGAAAUCACGUUAAGAGGCCUUGUUUUACCGGUAAGGCUUGUAUUUAAAAUACAAUUUUAGUUACCGCUUUGUCAAUGGCGUUAUUUUGAUAUUUCGAGUUUUAGAAAGCCUUUCUAGGAAAAGAUAGAGAGAUAGAGAUAGAACUGUUAGCACUGAUGUGGUUAGUACGAAAAGUGAAAUUGAAUUGCCUCUGAAUUGUUUUUGUUAGGUCGGUGGAAUCAAGGAAAAAGUACUGGCUGCUCAUAGAGCGGGUCUGAAAAGGGUGAUAUUGCCAAGACGGAACGAAAAGGUGAGAAAAGGGCUAAGAUGAACUACUGAUUCUAACAUCGAGAAUGCAGGUGUAUAUUUUCUCACAGCCUCUCUCUCGAGAUUUUAUAUUAGUUAGAUCUUUCUUCAGUUGUUAGUUGAUAAUUUUUCUUUGUUUUUAUCAUCUUUGUUUUCUCUUGGCCUAUUCCCCCGUUGUUGUUUUGGCUUUUAGUAUUGCGUUGCACUUAUUUUUAGUUUAUUUUAGUUAUGUCUUUUUUGUCAGUAGAUAAUUUUUGUUUGUUUCUUUCGAAUGUAGGAUCUUUCAGAGCUACCGGAUAACGUGAAGGUAAGAUACCAUGCAGUCAUGUUAGAGAAAUUUCAAAUCAUACUCAUACAUAUUUUUGUUUCAACGAUUGUUGAGUUUGGCUAUGCGUGGGUCUCAGACCACGGCAUGUUUAUCAACUAAUCUUUGGCAACUACAACAAUCAGGGGAAAAGGGACUCUUUGUGCAAACGCUUCAAUCAAGAAAUGCUACACCUUUUUUUGGCAGUAGCUGAAAUGGCUUACUAUAGCGAGGGGAGACUGGGUCGAGUCCCCCUAUUCUUCCGUCGCUUUUUUGUUGUUCGCUCUAUUUUUCACCCUGCGCUUUACUAUCUGAACGAAUGUGUGUAAAGCAUUGUUCUUCUUUUUUUCUUAUCAGGACAAGAUGGACUUUAUCUUGGCUAACAGGGUGGAGGAUGUCUUACGUGCGGCUUUUGAUGAUGAAUUUCCUGGAAUUCCACAGGCUGUAAGCGGGAAACCACUGAGCAGCAAAUUGUAA